AUGAAACGAUGGGAUGAUAACAGAAAUGAUGAAAAACGUUUCACACAAAAAUUGGAUUCUCUGAAGUACAAUUUUGGCAACUGCCCUGUUUAUUUCGAAGAACCAUGCAGUCCCUAUGCAACAAAGUUUAUUCUAUCUACAGGGAAAGGUGACAACGUUUCGUAUCAUGAUUUAGACCCUCUUCAGCCGAUUAUACCAAAAGAUUACAACGUAUUUUUGCCUUUAAAGAUAGUUGUCCAUGGAUAUGGAGGUUUAAAUGUAGACAGUGCCACGACAAAUGUCACCAAGGCUUACCAAGAUGUAGGUUACAAUGUUAUUAUAGUUGACUGGGAACCUCUGGCUUCACUUCCUUGCUACGUCACUGCUUACUUAAAUACUUGGCACGUGGGACAGUGUCUGGGUAUUCUUUCUGUUAAUUUGCUUUCUUAUGGCAUCACCCCAUCUUUAACGCACGUGAUAGGUUUCAGUCUUGGUGCCCAUGUGGCUGGUUUUGCAGGAGCAAAUAUCAAAAAUGCCGUAGGAUUUCCUUUCAUGAGAAUAACAGGUAACUCAUUUUUAAUUAGAUAA